GCAGUGCCUCCCUGUGCCCUAUCCCGUUACGCUUCUAAGGACGUCUGAAAUCAUCGACGGUUAUUGCACGUUGGUGUGUCGGUGUGCGCGCACGCCUAUCGUUCGCUUGCACCCACUGUCCGUCGCUGUUGAUCCUUGUUAAUCGCGUUGAAGGGCGAAAAGGGGCACUGGGCGAGGCAUAUCGAGGUGCACCGCGGGCCGUGAAUGCUCGUCGUUUGAGUGGAACUGGCAGUUUCGGGCUCGAAACGGAAUUAACGGACAAGAAGUGGAAUCCUGACAGCGCGGUACCUUCGCGCUCGCAUCUCGCGAGAGAUCGGUCGCGCGAGCGGCUCUUCGAGGGCGCGCCACGGAUCAUUGUUACGACGGGCGCUUCAGAAAAUGGCGGACAACUGGACCAAAAACGUUCCUUGCCGAUACUUCAAAAAUGCAGCCUGUCGAGAAGGAACCAAUUGUCACUACCGUCACGUUCAAGGUUCUAGAAAUGAAACUCCUUCCAAUGAGCCUGAGAACAGGACUACGGCAUCUGUGAGAGCUUGUCAAUAUUUUAAGCAAGGUGUCUGCAGAUAUGGAAGUCGGUGCCAUUUCAGUCAUGCCACAGGCGAAACUUCCAUUGCAGAGUCUUCAACGACAGCGUCUCCAAAGGCUCGCACUUCGAACGAAAUUGCUUUGGAAAAUAAAAAUGGUGCAUCGGCUGUAGAGCAGUGGGUCAAUGCUCCAGAAUUCGUACCUUCUUCCUCCCUUACUGCUGCUCCUUCACCCGUUUCAAAGGAGGCUUACUUGCCAAUUACCACAUCGACCGUGGUGUCUUAUGCUCAAGCUGUGAAUCCCACUGGUCAGUCUUCAAAUCUUGCUUCGGAACCACUUUGCCCAUAUGCAGAAGCCAGUGGUAUUUGUAAAAAACCAAAUUGUACGUACCUUCAUGGUGACAUUUGCGAACUCUGUGGUCGAGCUGCUCUUCACCCUCACAAUGAAGAACACCGAAAGAAACACACAAAUGUAUGCGUGAAGCAACAUGAGGUCGAUAUGGAAUUGUCCUUUGCUAUACAACGGAGCCGCGAAAAAUCAUGCGGCGUCUGCUUCGAAACAAUUAUGGAAAAGGCUUCUCGAGAACAGAGGUUUGGUAUCCUACCGAACUGCAACCAUUGCUUUUGCCUGACCUGCAUUAGAAAGUGGAGGCAAGCCAAGCAGUUCGACAACAAAAUUAUCAGAGCUUGUCCUGAAUGUCGUGUAACAUCUGACUUUGUGUGCCCAAGCAUGUAUUGGGUCGAUACAAAAGAAGAGAAAGAAAAGUUAAUCUUGGACUACAAAGGUGCACUAAGCACCAAGGACUGCAAGUAUUUCAACAAGGGUUGUGGAAAAUGUCCCUUCGGAAACAAGUGCUUCUACCUUCACGCCUUACCAGAUGGUACCAGAGCGGACGUCGGACCUCCAAUUCGGAAACGUCGAAAUGCCGACGCAGAAAUUGAAUUGUUACAUCAGCUGCUCUUAUGGGAGUAUCUGGACGAGCGGGACAACCGUUGGAUGUACAACAUCGACGAGUUUGAGGAUAUCGUAACGUUUGUAUCGGAUUCCGAAGACUCCGAUGGGUCCGAAUACGAGGUUCUCUUCGAUUAGUUGCAUCGUUCUACGCAUUGCUGCCACCUCGUUAAAAAGAAAAAGACCAUUCGCCUCAGCUCUACGCCUACGUGCCCCGGCUGAUCCGAGGUCGCAAAGACAGCAAUAGUGCGGUGAAAAGAAACGUCAGUGAGCUUUCACGAUGGCGACGGUAUCAAGUAUAAUCACGUGAUUCGUCGAUGGUCGCCCUCGCAGGACACUCGUGAAGCUAUUAGCAAAUGUCGAUGUGUCCCCAAUGACUAGUACCUCCACUAUUUGGCUAUCGGUGCACUCAUUGCUCUUAUCUCUCUAUUCUCUCUGUUUUUUGCUCCCUUUCUUUUCUCUAUCUUGAUCUCCGAAAUCCUAGACUUAUUGUCUCGACGACUCGGCGCUUCCGUCGAUUUUACCGUCCCGAAAGGACGUUGAGUCGCCUCGGCAUUCGACAAAGGAAGCGCCGGAGCGGGAAUUGCACUUUUCGGGAACGACCGAAAGGCUCGUUUACCUUCGAAAAGUGAAAAAAGAAAAAAACGAGUCGAUUGGAAACGAGCAUCAUCUCGGGAGUAUCUCCGGUGUCGACGAACACUCGGAUCCCUGAACGGUACCAAGGCCCGGCUUGGGAUGCACCUAGAGUUCUAAGCGCGGUAAGUUAAUUAGGAACAAUGAGAAAUUCCUGGUAACUUAUCGGUAAUUUUUCCAAAGCUUUUUUUUUUCGAGAAAUUAUGAGAAUUUAAAUAUUCGCAACGGAAUGAACGAGAGGUUCCGAUUGGUUGCCAUGAGACACCGAAGUGGAGGAACUUCCGUUCGCUUUCUACGGCCAAUCGAAACUUCUCAUUCGCUAAAGAAUUAAAUAUCGACUUUACUCUUGAUACGAACCACAUGGAAUUCUACAUGAGGUUUUACACGAAUAUUUUUAACCGGUAGUAAAUAAAACUCUAUAAUUAGUAUUUUUUAUAUAAUAUUCAUUACUCUUGAACUUGAACUCCGAGGUGCAGGGAAAAAAACAAAAUUAUUUAAAUGAAGAAAUUUAAAGUAUGAAUAACGAAAAAAAAAAUUAACGUUCUCAUAAAUUCUCGAUAUUCUCGGUGACUUGUAGCAUGUCUCACAGUUACCUUCUCCAAUUUUAUGUUACUGAGAAUUUUUGAACUCUAGAUGCACCUUUCCGGUAGAUUUCCGCCUUUCUCCUUCGACUCUCCUUUUCCUGCUUCCUCGGAAGAGCACGGUUCUCUUUGUGGCCGUGAAAAUCGACGUUUCGUUCGGCUUCUGUCGGACAAGGGGACAGCAGGGUCCGAUCGGAGAAGCCGAAGACUGGACUAUAUGGUCCCUGAGGACUAGACUAUAAGAGCCAACCACGCAUUGCCUCAUAGUUUGAAUUUUUCUAGGGAUGUCAAAAAAUUCGUUGCCAACACCCGAAAGUGUAUUCGCAUUAGCGCAUUUAGGGGGCACCUUUGAAUAGCCGUAAAAUAGAUGCGCUGUAAACGUU